AUGGAACAACACUCCGCGGCGCGAAGGACGAACGACGAGGAGGUCUCGGCAAGUAGAAAAAGCCGUGCUCGACGUAACGUCCGUACCAGCGAAGCUGAUAGUGGUUUUGCUGGUGGUGGUGAUAUUGACGCGCCACCGUAUCUCUAUCCUUCUCUUACCGACAAGGGAAAAGAGAGGGUAGGCUUCUUCGAAAGUGUAUGUGAGAGGUGUGCGCGCGCGCGUUCAGUUAAAACGGAAACUGGUGGGGAUGGCAAAGUCCCCACUACCAAAGUCCAAGGGAGCUCCCUAGCUCGGUUAACUCGUCGUCGUUGUCGUUGCCGUCGCCGACGUUGGAAUAGGGGAAGGGAGGAGGAGCCCCCGCCGCACGGCCUCAGUCUUCGCGUCGCUGCCCUCCAGCAUUCACGCCUCCCGCGUCCGUUCCGCGGCGCAGCCACACUCCGUUCUCUCUCUUUUCUCUCUCUCGUUGUGUGUUCUCUCGUUGUGUGUUGUGUGUCGCUGUCCUUCUCCUCGUCGUCGUCGUCGUCGUCGUCGUCGUCGUCGUCGUCGUCGUCGUCGUCGUCGUCAUCGUUGCCGCCGCCGCCGCCGCCGCCGCCGCCGCCACCGCCGCCGUCGUCGUCGUCGUCGUUGUGGUCGUCGUGUCGUAUCGUCGUUGGCGUAGUCGUCGCCACUGUCGUCGUCUUUUACGUUCUCGUGCGCGCAUGUGUGUACGUUGGGAGUCAGUGUAUUAGUGUAUUUGUGAGAGUGAAACCCACACAUAUACACCUAUACAUACAUAGGCACAAACACUUGGACAUUAUUCACUUGGUGGACGAUUCACAUAUACCUAAGCAACCAAGAGAGUCACCCUACCACGCUCGGCAGCGCACAGGGACACGCACUCACACGUUCUCCUCGAAUCCGGACGGGACUUUAGCACACCAACACCUCCGCGGGAGGUGUGGGGGUGAGCCCCCAGAGGAGGUGUCAAUCCUAGCGCUGCUCAGUGACCAUCGCGGCGCCACCCAAGUAACACCUUUCGUCCGCUCUCUCUCUGCAACAGCACACCGGCAGAUCUAG